AUGUCUUCUUUCGGAAAGCUCUACACCUACCCGGGUAACCCCCGUACCACCGCCCUGCUGGCCGUCGCAAAGGCCAACAGCCUCAACCUUGACAUCGUUCACACCGAGCCUGCCAAGGGUGUCGAGACUGAGUACCUCAAGCUCAACAAGCUCGGCAAGGUUCCCACCUUCGAGGGUGCCGACGGCUACGUCCUCACCGAGUGCAUUGCCAUUGCCAUCUACCUCACCUCCCAGAACGAGAAGACCACUCUCCUCGGCAAGACCAAGCAGGACUACGCCUCCAUCCUCAGAUGGAUGUCCUUUGCCAACACUGAGGUCCUCACCGCCCUCGGUGGCUGGUUCCGCCCUCUGAUCGGCCGUGACCCCUACAACAAGAAGUCCGUCGACACCGCCCAGGAGGCCACCGCCAAGGCUGUCGGUGCCCUUGAGGACCACUUCCUCGUCAACACCUACCUCGUUGGUGAGCGCCUCACUCUUGCCGACAUCUUCGCUGCCGGCAUCAUCUCCCGCGGCUUCCAGUACUUCUUCGACAAGGAGUGGCGCAGCAACAACCCCAACGUCACCCGUUGGUUCGAGACUGUCACCAACCAGUCCAUCUACUCUGACGUUGCCGAGAAGCUCGAGUUCAUUGAGAAGGCCAUCCCCAACCAGCCCCCCAAGAAGGAGGCCGCCCCCAAGGCUGAAAAGCCUAAGGAGGCCCCCAAGCCCAAGGCUGCUGCCCCCAAGGACGACGAUGAGGAGGAGGCCCCUGCCGCCCCCAAGGCCAAGCACCCCAUCGAGGCUCUCGGCCGCCCCACCUUCCAGAUUGACGAGCUCAAGCGCAAGUACUCUAACGAGGAGACCCGCGAGGUCGCCCUUCCCUGGUUCUGGGAGAACGUCAACUUCGAGGAGUACUCCCUCUGGAGAAUGGACUACAAGUACAACGACGAGCUUACCCUCACCUUCAUGAGCAACAACCAGAUCGGUGGUUUCUUCACCCGUCUUGAGGCUUCCCGCAAGUACAUCUUCGGUGCCGCUUCCGUCUACGGUAGCUCCAACGACUCUCUCAUCCGUGGUGCCUUCCUUGUCCGUGGCCAGGAGGCUCUCCCCGCCUUCGACGUCGCUCCCGAUGUCGAGUCUUACGAGUUCAAGAAGCUCGACCCCAAGAACCCCGAGGACAAGAAGUUCGUCGAGGCCAUGUGGGCCUGGGACGAACCUGCUCAGCCUGAGGGCAAGGAGUGGGCAGAUGGUAAGGUGUUCAAGUAG